AAAACCUAGGGUUCGGCGACAGGAUGCAGAAGCUGGGGCUCUCCGGGCUCAGGAGCCUCGAGGGGUUCCGAUCCCUCGCGGGACCGACCUCGACGAACGGGAAGCCCACGAACCCCAAGCCCUCGUCGGAUGCUGGGGGCGGCACGUACGGGAGCUUCGCCAACCUUAAGAUGACAGCAGAGAAAUUAGUCAAGGAGCAGGCCUCGGUGAAGACCGAUCUGGAAAUGACGCAUACCAAGCUGAAAAAAGCAACAGAGCAGAUAAAUAUGUUAGAAGCAAAACUUCAACAAGCUGUGAAUGAAAACGUGAAGCUUAAGGUGAAGCAGACUGAAGAUUCGAAGCUCUGGCAGGGAUUAGAUUCAAAAGUUUCCUCAACAAAGACCCUGUGCGAUCAGUUGACUGAAACUCUGCAGCAGUUAGCAAGUCAGGCAGAAAGAGCUGAGGAAGAUAAGAAGUUUUUUGAGGAGACGCUUGGGAAGAACUUCAAAGCUUUAGAUGAAUUCAACCGCUCGCUGCAUGAUACCUCGGCAAAAUUGGAAUGUGCAGAACAAAAUAUCAUGUCAGGUAAACAGGAGAUGUUGCGGAUUAAACAAGAGAAAGAAGAAAUGGAUCGGAGUUACAAAGAACAGAUCUAUGCAAAUGAUACCACCAUAAGGGAAAAAGAUUCUCUCAUCACACAGUUGGAGGUUUCAGUUGAAGAAAAUAAAGCCCGCUUGUUGUCUGCUGACUCCCGCCUGCAAUGCAUGGAGCAAGACUUGAAGCUAAAACAAGAUGUUUGCACUUGCCUGAAAGAAAACCUUGCAAGUGCCGAAAAAGAAAAAAAUGACUUGGAGCUUAGGAACCAGGGAUAUAUUCUGGAAGUUGAAAGACUGUCCAAGGACAAUAAGGAUGCUGAUGCGUUGCUGAGGAGUUUUGUGGCUAAAGUAGCUGAGCUCGAUAGAGAGCAUGCAUCAAUGUCAAAUCAUGUCUCUAGACUACUUUCUUCAUUCGAGAAGUACUAUGGAAUGGUCCAAGAGGAGAAAAUGCUGAUAACAACAUCUGCUAAGGACAAACUGGAACAUCUUCAAAACCAGUUUGUAAAUUUGACAUCAGAAAACAGUGGUCUCAAACUUGAAAUUGGGGAACUGAAGUCCAGAAUCAUGGAGUUACAGAAAACUCAAGAAAUUGUUAUGGUUCAACAUGUAGAAGAAUGCCAAGUGGCUGAAGAUAAAAUCAGAAGAUUGGAGUCUGAAGCAGCAAUCUCUGCCUCCAAUGUGAAUCGCUUAGAACAGUUAUCUUCUGAACUACAAGGGAGAGUUCAAAAGUUACUGGAGGAUUCUAGCCUUGCUGAAAACCAAAAGGAAGAGUUGAUACAGAAGACUUUGAAGCUAGAAUCAGAUAACCAGGAGCUUCUAGGAAGAGUGCAGUCAGUUUUGGAUGAAAAAUCAACUGAUACAGAAUCUCUGCAGCACGAGAUCACUAAGCGUGACCUUCAGGCUGAAACAUUUGAAAAACAGAUCAGUGAGCUCCGCAGUUUUCUUGACGAGAAGGAACAGUUGUAUAUUUCUUCAACAGAAAGAGAAAAGAGUUUGGAGGAACAGAAAUUACAGGUCCAAGCAUCACUUGCUGCAACAGAAUGUCAACUUACCGAGGCCAAAAAACAGUAUGACCUCAUGCUCGUGGGUAAACAGAUAGAGCUAUCAAAGCAUUUGAAAGAGUUAUCACUCAGAAAUGAUCAGGCAAUCAAUGAUAUCCGUAAGAAAUAUGAAUUAGAAAAGGUAGAAAUCAUUAGUGCUGAAAAAGAGAAGGCAGAAAAGCUCAUAAGGGAAAUGGAGAAUAAAUGUAAUGAAAAGUUAUUAGAGAACAAGCGAGAAUCUGAGAGGUGCUUGACACGUCUUAAGGAGGAACAUGGCGCAGUGGUGGCAAGAAUUCAACAGGAUAAUGAGCAUAAGGAAUCAACUCUUCGAGCUUAUCACAAAGAAGAAUUACAGCGCAUUCGUUCACAGGCUGAGAAUGAACUGAAGGAGAGGCUGUCAUCGCUCAGACAAGAGCAUCAAGCUCAAAUGAACUCAGUGAACGUACAGCAUGAGGAAGAUUGUCAGAAACUUCAGGAUGAACUGGAGCUUCAGAAGUCAAAGGAGGAGAAGCAAAGAGCGUUAUUACAGUUACAGUGGAAAGUGAUGGGUGAAAAUCAACAAGUUGAUCAAGAAGUGAGUUCUAAGCAGAGGAGAGAUCCAUAUGUCAGAAAAGAAAGUCAGGUUCAGUUGGCAGGUCCUGAGACCAAACGGAAGGAUUUAAAAUUACCUGGAGUUAUACAAUCACCAAUUUCAAACGCACUAAGGAAGGUAGAGAAAGGAACUCAGGAUGUUCCUAAUCACAGAAAGGUAACACAUCAUGAAUAUGAGGUGGAGACAGCAAAUGGAAGAAUUACAAAGCGCAGGAAAACAACAAAGAGCACUGUCAUGUUUGGGGAGCCUAACACUCAGAAGUCGUUGCAUAAUACUGUUGAAAAGAAUGUUUCAAGAGCAAGAAAGGUUGUUCCAGGAUCCCGCCCCCAUCCUGCAAAUAUCGGUGAAUUAUUUUCUGAGGGCUCCUUGAAUCCAUAUGCUGAAGACCCUUACGCCUUUGACUAGAAGCUAAAUUAACUCCAUCUGAAUUUGAACACCUGAUCCUUGCAGCUCACAUCUGUUGGUGCUGAUCUUCAGAAGCAUGAAAAUGCAAACCUGGAUUGCAAAAUCCACUGUUGCCACCGGGUUGAGCCAAUGGUUUUGCUUCCUGCCCAGGUCAAGACGUCUGAUAAUCCCGGUGUUCAUAUGGCUGUCGUUAACUCCGCUGUAUCUGGAACAUUGAUAUGAUAAAAACUGUGAUCUUAUGUACGGAGUACUACAUAAAUUGAGCUCCUUCCAGACUAUGGAGUAGAGGAAUUAUUUUGUACCGUUUU